AUGAAGCCCCGAGCAACGCUUUACUACGACAUCCUCUCGCCGUAUGCGUACAUACUCUUGAAGACGCGGGCGCCGCUCGAGGCGAAGCUAGACUUGCGCCCAGUACCCAUCUACUUGCCUGGCCUCUUCAAGACCCACAGCGUCGUGGGGCCGAUGGCGAUUCCUUCGAAGCGCGCCUUCAUCUAUGCCUCGGUCGUGCGCACGACCAAGAAGCUCGGCAUUCCAUUCAAGUUUCCGCCGCGGCACCCGUUUCCAGCGACGCCGGCCCUUCGACUGCUCGCGCAGGAGGACGCCGACUUGGCCAUGCUCGACAAGGCAUUCGACUUUGUCUUUGGUCAUGGCCAGGACCCAGACGAGAAGUGGCCCGAGUUCUGCGCAGCGUUGGGACUGCCGAUCUCAACGCUCAAGCCAACGGACGCUGCGAUCAAGGCCAAGCUCAUUGCGAACACGGAGGCCGCUGCGCGACAGGGUGUCUUUGGCGUGCCGACGAUCGCGUACAAGGACCAGCUCUUCUUUGGCGCCGACUCGAUGGAAUGGCUCCUCGAGUUCCUCGACGAUCCAAGUAUGUUUAAUGACCCGGCGUACAAAGCGGCCUGGGCGACGGAGAACCCGUUUGCGCGCAAAAAAUAA